AUGGCUUUGGCAGUAUAUGUGAAGAAGCAUGGCCUCGCCCGUUUCCUGCCUUUUCGCUGUAGCACUUCUGCUCGUGCUGGUCCAUCAGCACGCCGGGUGACUGCGACAGCGGGACCUGUGGUGUACGGUGCACCCAAGAGCUCAGCAAUGCGACCAAACGUGGUCUAUACUCAGUGGGUCCACAAUGGGCAAGCGUUUUCGUCCGAGACGACCACCGUUGCAAGAUCGACCGAGCACAAGAAGACAGCCACCUGGCACGUUGAAGGUGGUUUCAGUUAUUCCGGCUCCGUGACAGCCAGUGCCAGUUUAUUUAUUGUGGACAUUAAGACCACGCACCAAAUAAGCUUAGACUUGAAAGGGGGAUACCGUAAAGAAGUCUCUGAUACGGACAUAUUCUCGGUAAAUCAUGUCGUCACCGUGCCUCCCAUGAAGUCCGUCAAGAUUGACUGGAUCAUCACAGAUUCCGUGCAGGAAGUUCCUUGGACGUCUACCGUGACCUUAACCGGAUAUAUCCAUAUGAAGUGGAAGGAAGAACUCAAACUUCUCUACCACUACUAUUAUUGCACUCUCGGCUCUCUACGAGAUUCCCGUCUUAAGCACGCAGGAAACAGCACGUUCCUAUACACUUCUAAAGGAACGUUUACGGGAGUCAAGGGACACGAGGCUCAUCUUCGCAUCAAAGAGUACGAUUAUCGGCCGUACGGAGGAAGGUCUUCGCCGGUCAGGGCAUACACCAUCCCUUUGAGCCUGACACCGCAUACGCCUGCGGCGAAGACUUUGUGAUACUUGAAAUCUUCUACAUCGGAGGAAAAUAAAUAUCCUAAUGUUGGA